UUGCAAGUGUUGAGUGCGCGUGUGAUUUCGACACUUUUGGGUUCCUUAUAUUAAGCUCCCAUUGAUUUGAACAACAACCAUCUCUGCCUCUGUUUCACUUUCACUCCUAAUACUCUGUUUUCUCCAAAUACUCUGUGCUUUUUUCUCCAUUCCUAGGAAGAGAAAUCUGAAAAUGACCAACCCAAAUGUGGUGGUUUCUGAUGCCAAAUCAGGUAUUGGCAUGGCAAUAACAGCGGCAGUGCCAAAGUCGCUGGCCUUGCUCGGCGCGGCGCAGGUCACUGUAACUCGAAAGAAGUAUUUAAAGAAGACUGAAACUGCAAGAGAAGGAGGAGAAACAGCAAGAAUCAAUGCCUGGGUUGAUUCAAUGAGAGCUUCUUCUCCGACCCGAAUCAGGUCAAAGAUUUCUCUGCAGUCAGAGACUGAUCAAGAGCACAACUCUUGGAUUGCCAAUCAUCCAUCCGCCUUAAGCAUGUUUGAACAAAUUGUGAGUUCUUCCAAGGGGAAACAGAUUGUCAUGUUCUUGGAUUACGAUGGUACACUCUCCCCCAUUGUUGAAGACCCAGAUCGAGCAUUCAUGACAAAAGAGAUGAGAGAAGCUGUAAGGGAUGUUGCUAGAUACUUUCCCACAGCUAUUGUGACAGGGAGAUGCAGGGACAAGGUUUGCGGGUUUGUAAAACUACCAGGGCUUUACUAUGCUGGUAGUCAUGGCAUGGACAUCAAGGGACCAUCAAAAUGUACAUACAAUGAAGACAAUCAAGGAGUCCUGUUUCAACCUGCAAGUGAAUAUCUACCCAUGAUUGAGGAGGUUUAUAAGACAUUGCUAGAGUGUACAAAAUCAAUCCCAGGAGUCAAAGUGGAAAAUAACAAGUUUUGUGCAUCUGUGCACUACCGCUGUGUUGAUGAAAACAUGUGGGGUGGAUUAGCAGAACAAGUUAGAGUAGUAAUCAAUAAUUACCCAAAGCUUAGACUAACAGAAGGCAGGAAGGUGCUAGAGAUAAGGCCAACCAUCAAAUGGGACAAGGGCAAAGCCCUUGAAUUCUUAUUAGAGUCAUUUGGAUAUGCUGAUUCUAAUGAUGUUUUACCAAUUUAUAUUGGAGAUGAUCGAACGGAUGAGGAUGCAUUUAAGGUUUUGCGCAAUAGAGGACAAGGGUUUGGGAUUCUGGUCUCGAAAGUUCCAAAGGAAACCAAUGCCUCUUAUUCUCUGCGGGAAACAACUGAGGUUAAGGACUUCCUGCGGCUUUUGGUGGCAUGGAAAAGAUUGUCCCUAAAAGGAAGUUAAUUAAAGCUAGCAUAUAUGGCAAUUUGGCAAGACACAAAAUAGAUCGAGGAGAAAAAUAUCACCUUGAAAAUAAUUAAGGGUGGAUCCAUUUGAGUGUAUAAAUGUAUUAUCUUGUUCUAGACUUCUUUAAUUUUUUAGGAUAAAAGCUUUUGGGUUAAGGGAGUUUAAACCCUUGACCUAAUCACAAGGAGAGGUGGGUUGGUGGCAAACCCUUCUAGUUCUAGGGCACCAACCUCUGAGCUUCUAGUUCAAAUUAAGAUUUUAAUGGAAAUAAUUUAUGCUCUUUUCUUGUUUU